AUAAAAAGCUCUGAGAGAAUGGGAGAAACUUUAGAAUGGUUUCCAUUGUGACUAUGGAAAAUUACUAUGAUUCUGGCUUGCAUCUGGGUACCAACUUGGCUCAAUGCAGUGAUCAUUCUCCUUAUUCAAUCCCUACACAAAUACUGCCUCAUGUGUCUGACUUUUCCUCUCUUCAAUUUGGUGAGUUCCACUCAUGGCCAGUAACCUUUGAAGGGGCUCCAGAAGAGAGAGCAGCAAGUGCUUCUAAGAGUCACAGUCUAGCAGAGAAAAGGCGUAGAGACAGGAUCAAUGCACAGCUUGCAACUCUAAGAAAACUGAUUCCCAAGUCUGAUAAGAUGGACAAGGCAGCUUUACUAGGGAGUGUGGUAGACCGUGUCAAAGAUCUAAAGCGAAAAGCAAUGGAUGUUAGCAAAGCCUUCACAGUUCCAACUGAAAUUGAUGAAGUAUCAAUUGACUAUGACACUAUUCAAGAUGAAAGUUGCACUAAAGUCAACAAGUUCAAGGACAAUAUAAUCAUCAAAGCUUCUGUUUGCUGUGAUGAUCGACCAGAACUAUUCUCUGAACUAAUCCAAGUCCUCAAAGGCUUGAGACUCACAGCAGUUAAAGCUGACAUAUCAAGUGUUGGUGGCAGAAUUAAAAGUAUAUUGAUACUUUGUUCUAAGGAUAGUGAAGAGGGUGUUUGCCUUAGCACUCUCAAACAGUCCCUUAAUUCAGCUGUGACCAAAAUUGCUUCACCAUCCAUGACAUCUAAUUUUCCCACUAGAAGUAAGAGGCAAAGGUUCUUCUUGCCUUCUCAUUUCGUACAGUAAUUAACUGCAAAAUCAUUCUCUUACCCCUUUUUUUUUUUUUUGCUUUGGAGAGGGUCAUUUCAUUGGGGGCAAUUAUUUGCUUUAUUUUUCAGUAUUAUAUACCUAUCAAAUAUAUAGUUUGUCCAUUAGGAAGCUGAAAUGUUGAUUUUGUACCAUCAAUUAAGGCAAACAAAGUUAAAGAGUGAUAAGAAAUUAAAAGGAAGCAAAUUAAGCAAAAGCAUAUGCAAAAAGUUAAGUAAAGAAAUCAUGUGUAUGAUAUG